AUGCCGCGGGUCGCGCCGCUCGCAGCGCUCCUCGCCGCGCUGGCGUGCGCCGCCGCGCUCGCGCCCACGCAGGAGCCGGGGCAGUUCGAGGCUGCUUUCCAAGGGAGGUGCGGCGAGGGUAGCCCUUGCGAGCAACUAUGCAGAGAGCUACACGAUGGCACCUAUGAAUGUGGCUGUAGCCCGGGCUACGUGCUACACGUCAAUGGCUACGGGUGUCUAGAAUUAAACGCGACAAAAUCAACCGAAACGGCAGACACAGAAGAAGAUGUCCUAUACCAGAAAGACGUUUCCUUCUCAGCAGAACUAGAAGUUGCCCCGUCCAGUAGAAAUAGUAAUAACGUAAGCGAGAGACUUAUCGACACUAUGCAAAGACUCACAACAACUCCACCCAGGGUCGAUAGAGAGCCCAGUUACACAGAAAUUGGUGAGAGAACGAAACAAGUCGACGGUUUGAAGAGCUUGAUGGAAGAUGGUGUUAGUAGAGUUGAUCUUGACAUCAUUGCUGAUGAAGGAAGGCACGUUAUGGAAGCGAACGAACUGAAAGUUACUACACUAGGACCUAGCUUAGAACAAAAGGUGCCAGGAGGUACCUCAUCACCAUCCUGGACUGCAGCCGUGGAGAGCUGUCACUGCGACCCGUGUGAAGACGUCACGUGCAAGUGCGCGAGGGCUAAGUGCAAAUCAGACUUGAACGUGUCAACGCCCCGUUUCUCCGGGUCAUCAUGGCUGGCGUUGCGCGCGCUUCGGGGCGCAUACAAGCGCGUGCGACUACGGCUGCGCGUGCGGCCCGAGCGCGCGCGCGGCGUGCUACUACUGACUGGCGAGCACGACGAUUUGUCGGGGGACUAUUUAGCGCUCGUGCUGAGGAACGGCCACGUGGAACUUAGAUUCGAUUGUGGCAGCGGCGCGGGCGUCCUCCGCUCACCAGAACCAGUGAGGCUCGGUCAUUGGAACACCAUAUCUGUGUACAGACACAGAUGGGACGCGUGGCUACGCCUAAAUAGUGGGAAGAGGGUGCGAGGACGAUCUAAGGGUCUCUUCUCCCGCAUGACCUUCCGCGAGCCAGUAUGGGUGGGCGGCGCUGGCAACACCACAGGCCUGCAGAGCAAGCUGGGCCUCUCUGAUGGACUCCUGGGAUGCGUGGACUUCCUGAGGAUCAACGGGGACACGUACCGGCUGGUCAAGGAUGCGGUGGCUGUGCUGGAUAUUGGUGAAUGCGCCCCCACCCUCGCUCCAUGGCGACCUAGCGAGAUCACCACCAGCCAAACAAUCCCCCACCACCACCCAAAUGACGUCAACACGCACGCCAUCUAUGACAUAAACGACAUCGUCCAUUUUGAGGACAACGACCUCGUGAUGCGCGACUCGAACAAAUACCACGACCAAAACAAAAUGGAGAACACGGUUCAGUUCAAAAUACACAACACUUUUGAUGAUAUCCCAAAAAUAAGACUUGGAGAGGAUAGGGGUGAUGGGAGAGAGGGUAAUGAAGUGGAUAAUGAACUGAAAGGUGAUGAGAUGAAGGUGAUGAAGAUGGAUAGAGAUGAUAAGUGUGAGUGCCAGCAUGGCGGCGGCUGUGUGGGGAAGGUUUGCCUAUGCCCACUAGGGUAUGCGGGGAAGAAGUGUGAGAUCACUUUGGAUUUGAAGGUUCCAAGAUUCAACGGCUCAUCAUACCUACGGCUUCCUGGCUUAGGAAAUUCAGCUCAGUCUUGGCUGGAUAUACAGAUCACACUAAAGCCAACAAACGGCGAUGGACUAGUGCUGUACAACUCUGAACACGCCAGCGGGGAUGGGGACUUCUUCUCGCUACAUCUCCGGGACUACUUCGUGGAGUUCGCUUUUGAUCUAGGCUCGGGGAUCGCGUUAGUGAGGUCAGCAUACCCGCUAGAGCCAAACUCCUGGCACCGAGUGUCAGUCAGCCGCUCCGGCCGGCGAGCGUCACUUCGCGUAAGGACUACGUCACAACGCGACAUCACUGAUGCAACUAGAAUGGUGACGUCACACGGCGCUGCCAGGCGCUUGACGUUAAGACAGCCGAUGCUGUUGGGAGGGGCACCACACCCGCUGCCUCCUAGAUUGGCGUUGAGGACUUCGUUUAGCGGGUGUGUCGGGCAGUUGGUGAUCAAUGACGAAGAAUUGUCUGUGGUUUCAUCAGCAUUGGGCGGUGUCAACGUAGACAACUGUGAAGAACCCAGCAACAACACUUGCAACAACAGCAACAUGUGUAAGGAAAUUAUUGAACCAAUACCACAAUACCCCCAAAAUGUAUCUGAAAACGAUAUCCACCAUACAAUCGUUGCAAAAAAAGGUCCUAAACCUAAAUUCCACAAAAUCAAGUCUAAAAAACACGCUCAGCAUUUAAGAACAGAGAAAUCAAAGAAGAAAAAGUAUUAUGCCAGUAAAAAGUACCAGUUUAUUCAGAGCAGUAUAGAAAGGAACAACGAUAUAGUGACAGAAGGACCCAUUUAUGAUGGACAGACCUACAUGCAAGUGAAGUAUUUGAAUACGAACGAAAUCAACUGGGGUGAUACGAAUACGUAUCCCAGUUUUACUGGCAAGGACAGUUUUAUUCACAUAGAUGAUGAGGAGACUAUGAAAAGGUUACUCAGCUACACCCUGGACAUCAACAUCAGGUUCAGAUCGGUAGCCGCAGACGGGCUGCUGGUGUGGAGUGGACGAGCUCAAGCCACGCCUGGGGACUUCCUCUCACUGGCUGUAGAGAACUCGGUGUUGGUCUUCAGAUAUGACUUAGGAAGCGGCGAGGUCGUAAUAAUAGCCAACCACACAAAAGUUGACGAUGGCCUAUGGCAUAGAGCUCGAGCUACGAGAAACCGACAAGCUGGAGUUUUAGAAGUGGAUGGUUUGGGUUCUGUGGGGAAAAUCUCCCCAGGGAAACUGAAGCAGCUGAACACAGAAAAUGGUCUUUAUAUAGGUGGGCUACCGUCUAUAGAAAUGAACACAAUGGGCAAAUACAAGAGUGGUUUAGUCGGGUGCGUUUCUCAGAUAUCCCUGAGCGGUGACUUCGACAUUCCACUAUCGUUAUCAAAACUACCCCAUACGAUUACAAACAACGUUGGCAGAUGCACACCAUAAAAGUAGGCAAUUCAUUUAAAUGAACCCCAAAGUUCAUUUAAGUGAAUCAAAAAGUUCAUUUGUUACUACAAUCGCCUGCGUUGCUGGUUCAUUUAAUGUCACAAAUAAAUGAACCGGUUGACUUAGAAGCGUAUAAUGUUAGGUGUGUUUUUGAUUGAUAGAUUCAUUCGUAAUUAAACACAUUUAAUUUACUGGGUAUCCGCUUCAUUUAAAUGAAUGACCAAUUACUUUAAUGGAUCUCCGUACUUACAUAUCAAUGUAUAAAUAAAUAUCGGAGCAAUAAAACUACAAUAUUAUACAAUUUCGUGGAAUUCGUGAUCGAUCGCCAGCUAACAUUAACGAACAAAUUAAUUUGAUAAAUGAAUUAUUAAAUACUAUUAGUCAAUUUAGAAUAAGGAGAAACUUUAUAAACACCAUGUUUUAUCCUUACUGUCAUUUAUUUAAUUUAAAAUGUACUUCAUUUAUUUUUCCAUGAAAAUGGAGUAACUUUUCAAAGUGCUUUACUAUCUAGUAGAUAUGAGAAAAACUAUUUGUAAUGUUAAAUUAAAUGAAAUUCUAGUCGUACGAGUGGUUUGCACGCAUUAUUAUUUACCUCUGAUGUAUUUAUUUAUUAAAUGAAAUAGCUAAUCACAAAAUUGUUACGAUGUGAGUGUAUUUUAUAUAAAUAGUUCAAUAAGUAUACAUACAUAGCGUUUGUAUAUCGAGAAUUUUCAUAUGAACGUGGUUUAGACAAAUGUAAGUAGCUAUAAUAAUACAAUAGCGUUUGGUAUUUGGGCUUUUUACAUUUAAGUGUGAUGCGUAACUAUUUUAUUUUCGCGUUCGGUUCAUUUUUUCGCUUCAAUAAAUGAAGUUAUUGGAGUAACUAAAAAUUUAGCACCGCUUUAGUGAUAAUAAUCAUAGAUUUAUAUUUAUCAGGUAGAGUAAUUUUAAAUGCGCUUUGUAUGUAUAAAAUAUGAGAGGAAUGAUAUAAUAUGGAAUUCGGUUAUUUAAUGAAAAUAUUGACGUGGGCGCACAAUGGUCAAAAUCAGUGACAAAAUGUACGUAUUAUCGUCUGUACAAAUUUAACUAAAAAAUUACUAAUUGUCAUCUAAAAUACCAAUUCAUGAUGCAGAAUUUAACUAAAUUUAAUAAAUCUCAUUUUUUAAUUGUUAUUUUACAUUUACACAUAAAAGUAAGGCCAACUGUGCGUCUGCAGCACAACAAGUAUCCACUACGCAUUUAAAGUAAAAUUAUAAAUAAAGACUGUUCUAAAUGUAAAUCGCAUUUCAUUAAAUAAUCGAAUAAAUAAACUAUAUUCUAAUUCGUAAACCCUGAGUAGGGCUUUCAUUUAAGUACACCAAAUAAUUUUUGUCAAUUAGAUUAUUCACAGGGUGUGAAAAAACUAACGGAAAUGCAUAUCUUUAUUGUAUUCUCGUUGUGUUUAUUGUAAUUACAUUUAGAUUUACCUCAACGACGAACAACUGCAAUAAUAACAGCGUGACCAAUGGUCGUGCUAACUAAAUGAACUUUAAAUGAACCAAAGUAGCGUCUAGUCCCGAUUCAUUUUGUUACAUAUAGCGCCGCAAAUAAAUGAAUUUAGCAUAAAAUAUCAAUUUUUUACCGCCAUCUUUUGAUAACUGGUUUAUUUUGUAAAUGGAUCGAUUAGUUGAAGUUACUGUAGACCUUGUGACUAAAGGAUAGCUUGACUAGCGUUAGUUUUGUAUGUGAGACCUGUCCGAUGUAUUAUACGCCGUUAUUUGU